ACAACACAAAGAAAGUAAACAAAGAUCAAAUGAGUCAUGGGAGAGAGAUGGAAGGUGGUUCAAGCUCAAAGAUUGAGUUUUUGAUCUGGCUAUCUCAGGUCAUGGGAGGUCUUUGUUCAAGGUCUUCUUCACAAGAUGAUGACAUGGUUUUUGUUUCCAAGACUGGUGGUGGUGGAAAUGUUAUUCUUGGUGGUACCACCAACAAUGGUGGUGGUGGUGGUGGUGGCAGCACCAAUGGUGGUUCCUCUUUCACUACUGCACCUGUUGUUGGUGAAACAAUGGAGAGGAAUAUGAAUAUGCAUGCUGAGAUUAGUGGCAAUACUAAUGAUGAGGAAUUCUAUGAUGGAAUUCCAAGGUUCAGUGAUACUUGUUCACACAACAAAUCUAGGUCUGGAAGGUCUAAGGUCUCAGAGGUGGGUUCACGCCUCGGUAAAGCUGGUACAAUUGGAUUUGGGAAGGCAGUUGAGGUUUUGGACACACUUGGGAGUAGCAUGACAAAUUUAAAUGCCGGAAGUGGGUUUGUUUCUGCGUCAGCCAUAAAGGGGAACGAGAUUUCUAUCUUGGCAUUUGAGGUGGCAAACACUAUUGUCAAAGGCUAUAAUCUCCUGCAAUUUCUUUCUAGCAAGAACAUUCAACAUUUGAAAGAAGAGGUGCUUCUUUCAGAGGCUGUGCAAGAUUUAGUGUCAAAAGAUACAGAUGAACUCCUAUGGAUUGUUGCUUCUGACAAGAGGCAGGAGUUGAAAGUGUUCUCUGAUGAGGUGAUUCGUUUUGGAAAUCGAUCGAAAAAUCCUCAGUGGCACAACUUAGAGCGUUACUUUGAGAAAGAAGCAAAUGCUCCAAGACAGUCAAGAGACGAGGCAGAAUCAACGAUGGAACACUUGAUGACUUUAGUUCAAUUUACAGCUGAAUUAUACCAUGAAUUACAUGCUUUGAAUAGAUUUGAACAAGAUUAUCAGCAUAAAUGUACAGACGAAGAUCAAAAAGGCGAUACCCUUGCAUUCUUGAAGGCAGAAGUUAAAACUCAAAAGAAGCAAAUUAAGCAUAUAAAGAAAAGGUCACUUUGGUCUAGAAGUUUGGAGGAGAUUAUGGAGAUGCUUGUAGACAUGGUGCAAUUUUUGAAUUCGGAGAUAAACGAUGUCUUUGGCGCUUCAGAUGGCCAUAGACCAUUAGUUGGACACAAGAACAAUCACCAAAGAUUGGGCCCUGCAGGCCUUGCUUUGCACUAUGCAAACAUAGUGCUCCAAAUCGAUACUCUUGUAUCCAGAUCCAAUUCUAUGCCUGCAAAUACAAGGGAUGCAUUAUAUCAAGGCUUGCCUCCUAAUAUAAAAUCAGCACUACGAUCCAAAUUAUCGUCUUUCCAUGUUGCAGAAGAGCUAACUGUAGCAGAUAUCAAGGAUGAGAUGGAAAAAACAUUACAUUGGCUGGUUCCGAUCGCCACAAACACGUCCAAAGCGCAUCACGGUUUCGGUUGGGUAGGAGAGUGGGCAAACACAGGCUCCGAGGUGAGGAAGACUUUUCAGGCCGGCGUAAUGCGGAUCGAGACGUUCCACCAUGCAGAUAAAGACAAAGUAGAAAGCUACAUUCUCGAACUUCUCUUGUGGCUUCAACAACUUGCCAUCAGAAGCAAGACCAACAACGAUCCGGGAAAAGCGAAGCCUGCAACCAAGUCUAACCAGCAGAAGACAAUUGAUCAGCCCACGAACUCUCUGUCGCCGCCAUCGCUAACAAUGGACGAGCAAAACAUGCUGCAGAACAUAAGCGAGAAGACACAAAUGAGAAGGUUAAGUAAGAGCUUGGACUUUGACACAGUGAAGACUAGAAUCACAAGGAGUUAUAGUUAUUCAUCAAGAAGCAGUAGAAGAAGCAGUGAAGUGAGUUUUAGUAGGAUUUGUUCUAAGCUUCUUCCUGUGAUUGAUUUUGAUAUUGAUAAAGAGAGAGCUUUGGAUGUGAUUGAUAGAGUAGAUGUGAUUAGAAAUGAAAAGGUGUAAUAACACACACAUUACAUAUAUGGAUAGACGAGUUGGACCUUUGUGUAAGUAUAUAUCAUGUUCAUGUUGUAAGAGUUGAAUACCAAAAUUUUGUAGCACUUUUGGUAUGUUUGAGCUUCUCAAAAGGGUGUCAAUUAUUUUUUCCCCUUAGAUUAGACAA